GAAGGUUGAAGGCAAACUGCAAAUUAAGUGGGAGACCUUAAAAAAAUGGCGGUUCAAGAAGGCAUAGAUUAUGUAUCAGAACUGAUAUCCAAAUACGUACCAGAUGAGAUACACAACUAUAUACCAGAGUCUAUGAUUUCCAGAACGUUAUUGGUUGGAACCACCACAGGAAUCCUGGCAUAUCUCAUCUUUAAAAAACGGUACAAGCUGCCACCAGGACCAUGGUCUCUACCAAUAAUAGGCCACAGGAUGUUCGCAUCAGAUGAAAACAUAGCGAGAAAAUGGUUUGAUCUUUCUAAAAUAUAUGGGCCAGUUCUUACUGUGUAUAUGGGACCCAGUCCAGUUGUUGUUUUGAAUAAUAUAGAGAGUGUGAACGAGGCUUUAUUAAAGAAAGGUGCCCAGUUUGCUGGAAGAUUUGCUUUUUACAGUGCCGAUCAGCUGUUUCAUAAUAGUGAAGAUAUCAUAUUUAGUCGCUAUAGUACAGGAUGGAAACUUCGAAGGAAAAUUGCUUCAAGAGCUAUUAGAUUGUUUAUGGUUAAUGGUAAUUUUAAUCAGAAAAUCGAAGAUGCUGUGAAAAAGACAGUCGACACCAUGUUGAAAGAAAAGGGAGCUUUUGAUCCCAAACCUUACCUCUUUUAUACAACAUUGAAUAUCAUAGCUGCUAUGUGCUUUGGAAAAUGCUAUGGUUACGAAGAUAAGGAAUAUAGAGAUUUAUUAAGAGAUUUGGAUAGGUUUGGUGAAGUGAAUGGUGAUGGCUUUGUAUUUGAGAAUAUUUUUCCUUGGUUUGCUGGAUUAUACAAGACUCGUCGAUAUCGACAGUUAGAGGUCAUAACAAAUGGUUUCAUAGCAUUUAUAGAACAAAAAGUCAAUGUACACAAAGAAAAGUUUGUUCCAGGACAAAUUCAUGAUUUUACUGAUAGUUUACUACAAGCUGCUAUAGAAAUUGAAGCUGAAGGAGAAGACAAUAUGACAAAUUUUGAACCGAUCCAUAUUGUGCUUACCGUUCUUGAUAUAUUCUUUGCUGGAAACGACACAUCAAGACAGACUCUUCUUUAUUCUUUAAUGUACACCAUUGGUGUACCCGGUAUCCAACAGAAAUUGCAACAAGAAGUAGAUUCUGUUAUUGGUAAAGAUAGAUAUCCAACCACUGACGAUAGGGACAACUUACCAUAUUCUAGUGCUGUUUUACAAGAAGCAAUGAGAAUGGGACCUGUUGUACCUGCUGGUGUACCACAUACUACUACUUGUGAUACUACACUGGGAGAAUAUGAAAUACCAAAGGAUACAAUGGUUAUUAUAAAUCACUACGCCAUGCAUAACGAUCCUAACAAAUGGGAGGAGGUAGACAGGUUUAAACCAGAGCGUUAUUUGGAUGAAGAUGGUAAAUUAGCACCAAAACCAGAAAGUUGGUUGCCAUUCAGUGCUGGCAGACGAGUAUGUCUUGGAGAACCUCUUGCUAAACCUGAGUUACAAUUAAUUAUAGCUUCAUUGUUUCAAAGACUGGAAUUUUCACCUGAACCAGGAACACAGAUAGAUAUGGAACUCGUUGAGAAGAACGUUACUAUUACUCCUAAACCGUUUAAAGUGGUGGUUAAGAAAAGAUAAAAAAUAAGACACUAUAUUUUAUAUUAUCGAGUAUAGGCAUUAUUAUUUACGUUUUACGUUUGAUAACAUAAUAUAUCGUUUUUAUAGCUUAUGUUAGUAUUUUCCUAUAAAAAAUGCAAUAAUAUAUGUAAUAAAAUAAUGAAAAAUAUAUGAAAGAAAACAGGGACAACCCAUUGAAAGACUGAAUUGAAAUUAAAUUGAAUUUGAAGUUG